AUGGCUCCAAUCAAACGCUCACGAGCAGACAAGGCACGGCAAUUUCUCACGGGCGGCGCGGUCCUGCGCGAAGACUCCGACGACGAGUUGGGCUACGAAGACCACCCCUGGGAAUGGAUAUACGACGAUGCAGGCGCUGAAGAGGCCAUAAAGGAGAAUGCGACACCACGGAAAAGAAAGGCGGCCCCGACUUCGCUCGGCAAGCGCAUAGUCGGGGCACGCAUGGGUAGCUUCAAAUGCAAAGUUGGCGAUGCUGUGCUGCUCAAGGCAGAGGGCAACCAGGCAUGGGUCGGCAUCAUCUGCGACUUCCACGAGGACGUCGAGGACGACGAGAAGAUGGCCAAGUUCCUCUGGUUCUCCUCAGAAAAGGAGAUCCGCAACAAGAGCAAGAAGCGCACCGAUUUUCUUCCGAACGAGCUAUACAUAUCGGCAAACUUCGAUGACAAUCCUCUCGCGUCCAUCAACGGCACCGCCAAGAUAAUGUCACUGGCAGAGUUUCAGCGCCUGCACCCCGCUGGAACAGUCAAGAAAUCAUCAAGGGACUACGGCAAGGUCUUCGUCUGCAGAAGGGGCUGCAACACUCGAACCACUACCUACACGCCCGAGUUCACCUGGAACGCGUUAUAUUCGAGCGCCGAUGAUAUCGAUGCGCUGGUCGCAUUCGUUGAGAGCCAGACCAAAGCAACCAGGAGAGGCGGUGGUCGGCCGAAGAAGGCCCUACAGGAUAUUGACGAGUUCGUAGUGCCUGACUCGGACGACGAUGGCCUCCCCAAGACCCCGAGGAAGCGGCGGAAGCUUAAUGAUGCAACAAGCCCAACAUCGACUAGGAAGAGCCCGGCCUCUCGCAAAUUCAUGACUCCGACGCACAAGAGAAUUGUGAUCAAGAAGCAGCUUGAGUUUACACCCCUGGGCACACGCGUCCUCUCUCCUUCGGCACUUAAUUCGCCCUUCCAAAUCGCCCGAAAUCAACUGCAUGUUUCAUCCGUUCCUGCCGCACUCCCCUGCCGUGAAGAGGAAUUUUCCACCGUUUACAAUCACUUGGAAGCGGCAAUUACAGACGGAUCGGGUUCAUGCAUCUACAUCUCCGGCACCCCAGGGACAGGCAAGACAGCUACUGUCAGAGAGGUUGUGGCACAACUGCACGCCUCGGUACAAGCCGAGGAGUUAGAUGAUUUCAUUUUCGUUGAGAUCAAUGGCAUGAAGGUCACGGAUCCUCACCAGUCGUACUCGCUGCUAUGGCAAGCACUCCGUGGCGACAGAGUAAGUCCUGCACAUGCGCUAGAACUGCUGGAAAGGGAGUUCUCGACUCCAAGUCCUCGUCGAGUGCCAUGCGUCGUCCUCAUGGACGAGCUCGAUCAGCUUGUUACCAAAAACCAAUCUGUCAUGUACAAUUUUUUUAAUUGGCCGGGGCUACGCCACAGUAGGUUGAUUGUCCUCGCCGUUGCAAACACGAUGGAUCUUCCCGAGCGAACUCUUAGCAACAAGAUCAGCAGUCGUCUAGGUUUAACGCGAAUUACAUUUCCCGGCUACACUCACGACCAGCUGAUGCAAAUCAUACAGUCCCGACUCGAAGGUGUACCAGGCAACAUAGUACAUCCUGACGCUGUCCAAUUUGCGGCACGCAAAGUUGCGGCUGUCAGCGGUGAUGCUCGUCGCGCGUUGGACAUCUGCAGACGCGCUGUAGAGAUUGCCGAAACAGAAAAGACGUUACAGGCUCCGGAGGACGAGCCGCAGCCAAUUACUCCGAGUAGAUCCGGCCGAGGGACUAAAGCACUCCUGGCCAGGAUUCGACGGACGGGCAUUGGUGAAGCCGUGCUGGGUGAUGUUAUUGACGAGGUCAAGAGGCUAGGGCUCAUGAGUCAGCUGCAGCCAGUUCACGAAUACUUACUCAUGCCUGAGAUGGACUACAUGGCAGAGGCAGACAAAGACCCGUAUAGGCAAGCCGUGACACCAGCCAAGCAUCAAGAGGUCGCCAGAACUGGGCCUAAAUCUUUGGACGCCAAGGCUGCCAGAGCAUUUGGGCUGGCACUUGCCGCCACUGAACUGGCAGAAGCAGGAAUUAUAGGCGUCGAGGCCCGACACGGCGAGCGAGUGGGCCGCGUACGACUAGGCGUAGGUGAAGAUGAGAUACGCCUCGCACUGGGAGAAGACGAAUCUGUUAAAGGUCUUGGCUUCGGUGCGUAA